AUGGCUUCUCGAUUGGUGCGCAGCGCUGCCGGCGCAGCUCCCCUCAUCCGCCCGGCCGUCACCCGCAUGGCUCUUCCUGCCAUCUCGGCCGCCUCGGUCCGUUAUGCGAGCAACGUCCCCGCCGAGGAGCCCAAGAAGAAGGCUCAGAGCAUCAUUGAUGCUCUUCCCGGCAACAGCCUGAUCAGCAAGAGUGCCAUCCUCAGCACCGCCGCCUCCCUGAGCGCCUACGCCAUCUCCAACGAGUACUAUGUCAUGAACGAGGAGACUGUCGUCGCCUUCUGCCUCCUCGCUGUCUGGACUGGCCUCAUCAAGUACGGUGGCCCCGGGUACAAGGCAUGGGCCGAGGCCCAGAACAACAGGAUCAAGAACAUCCUCAACACUGCCCGUGCCGACCACACCGAGGCCGUCAAGGGCCGCAUCAACGACGUCCAGCAGAUGGGCGGUGUCGUCGACAUCACCAAGAACCUCUUUGAGGUCUCUAAGGAGACUGCCAAGCUUGAGUCUCAGGCCUACGAGCUCGAACAGCAGACCGCCAUCGCCGCUGAGGCCAAGGCUGUCCUUGACUCCUGGGUCCGUUACGAGGGCCAGGUCAAGCAGCGCCAGCAAAAGGAGCUGGCCGAGUCCAUCAUCGCCAAGGUCCAGAAGGAGCUCGAGAACCCUAAGGUCCUCCAGCAGAUCCUCCAGCAGAGCGUCGCUGAUAUUGAGAAGAUCGUCUCUUCUAAGACUCAAUAA